AUGGCACAAAGCACGCAGCCAGCCGGAGCAGCCCUCCCCGCCGGCCUCAUGGCCGACGUCACGGCCUACGUCGAGGAGUACAUGUCGCACUACGACGGGUCCCACGACUUUAACCACAUCAAGCGCGUUGUGGCCCUCUCGCGCAGCAUCCUGGCUGAGGAGCGCGAGCUGGCAGCCUCGCGCGGCGUCGUUUACGACGAAACCCUUAUCGAGCUUGGGGCUCUGCUCCACGAUGUCGGCGACAAGAAGUACAUCCAACCCGGCCAGGACCACACGACACUAGUGCGCGACGUGCUUCUCCAAAAGGGCGCCGACCCGACCCUCGCCGCUCGCGUCCAGGACCUGGUCCUCCAUGUGUCCUUCUCCAGCGAGAAAAAGGACCCGGCAAAAGUGGUGGCCAAGGUGGCGGAGCUGCCCGAACUGGCAGUGGUGCAGGACGCCGACCGCCUCGACGCCAUCGGGGCGGUCGGCGUCGGCCGCUGCUUCGCAUUUACCGGCGUUAGGGGCGGCACCCUGGACAAUGCCAUCGAGCACUUUGUCGAAAAGCUGGAACUGCUCGGGGGCAUGAUGAAGACGGAGGCGGGGAGGCGGAUGGCGCGGAGACGGACGGAGCGUCUGGUCGAGUUCAGGGGUUGGUGGGCGGAGGAGACCCUGGCCUAA